AUGACCGCUGUCAAUCCCAUCAUCCCGGGCUUCGCGCCCGACCCGUCCGUUGUCAAGGUUGGCGAAUGGUACUACCUUGUCAAUUCGACUUUCCACGUCUUCCCUGGCUUGCCCAUCUACGCCUCCAAGGACCUCGUAGGGUGGCGGCAGAUAGGCAACGUGAUCAACCGACCCGAGCAGCUCAGCCUCGAGCUCACCGAGACGCUCCUCUUCCCACAGAAGCCUCCGGCAACUGUGCUUUUCGCCACGGGCGGCCUCUACGCGCCCACGAUCCGGCACCACAAUGGCAAGUUCUACGUCGUCUGCACCAACGUGAUCCGCGCGACCGAGACGGCCAAGGACGCGACGCGCAACUUCAUCGUCACCACCGACGACAUCUGGUCCAACAAGUGGAGCGACGUCGUCUACUUUGACUUCAAGGGCAUUGACCCGAGUCUCUACUUUGAAGGCGACAAGGCGUGGGUCUGCGGCUCCGCGGGCAAAGGCCCUGGCACCACGAUCGAUCUCGUCGAGAUCGACGUCGCCACGGGCGAGCACAAGUCCCCCGUCAAGACCGUCUGGACGGGCUCGGGCGGUAUCUGGCCCGAGGGCCCGCACUUGUUCAAGCGGGAGGGCUGGUAUUACCUCCUCAUCGCCGAGGGCGGCACACACGGCGGCCACAUGGUCACCAUGGCGCGCUCGCGCGAGAUGUGGGGGCCGUAUGACUCCUGCCCGGCGAACCCGGUGCUCACGGCCCGUGACACUGAUGAGUAUAUCCAGUACACGGGUCACUGCGACGCGUUCGAGGGUGAGAACGGGCAGUGGUGGGGCACAUGUCUUGGUGUCCGCAAGGACGCAGAGGGUCGGUACAACAUGGGCCGCGAGACUUUCAUCACGCCAGCCUCAUGGACAGAGGACGGUUGGUUGAGCUUUGAGAGAGUCAAGGUAAACCCGACUGGCCUGGAGAGAAAAGCUGGUGUCAGCCGAGCGCCGUCUGCGGACGCCCAGCAUGACAUCGUGUACAUCCGUGACGCGGACCGGAGCAAGUAUACUGUCUCGGCCGACGGGUCCAAGUUCAGCCUCAAGGCGUCAGAGGUGGACCUCUCGGCGCCACGCAAGUCGCCAACAUUCAUCGGCAAGAGGCAGCGGUUGCUGGACGGCAAGAGCAGCGUGACCGUGCACAACGUGGCCAGCAUACCAUCCGACUCUGUGGAAAAGGUCGGUCUCGCGGUGUACAAGGACGAGUUGCGAUAUUUUAGGGUCUUCUUCAACCCGGCGACCAAGUCGGUCCACUUUGAGCUUGUCAACAAGGGCAAGGAACUGUCACGGGGUGCAGUACACAAGCCAGACAACCUCGACGGAGACCUGACACUGCAGAUCUCGUAUACGGAGAAGGCAUAUGAGAUUGCAUUCAAGGGCGGUUCACAGUCGGAGUUCACAAUACUGAUCACUGUGGACGUGCUGGACAUGACUGACCCCGACUUUGUUGGUCCCGUGAUCGGAGCCACGGUUGUCGGCCAGGCGUCGGACUAUGCCGUGGAAUUUUCAGGGUUCAAUGUGGAGUAG